UGAGGCCCUGAAGUCAAACUCAAAAUGGCGGACUUGCAUUGAGAAAACGUUUGGAGAAAAAGUUUAUUCUUUCGGAAAUGUUGUUAAAUACAAUUGAACGCGUGUAACAAGUGAUUAGAACAACCGUGGAAAAGAAUAAUUGCUUUAGAAAACAAAUAAUCGAAACAUGAAAGUCAGUUGAGUGUUCGUCGUGUUUAUUCCUGUGCGUGUUAAGCAAAAGAAGGAAUCAGAGAUCUCUCGCAGAAUGACUAAUAUACUCAGAUCAAGUUCAACUACAUCAAUUCGGUGAUGGAGCUUUUUACAAUAAUUUAUCGAUUAUCCGAAAAAUCUUUUUUCAACCUUAAAUUAUCAAAGGUUGAAAAUCCAAAAAUUUGCCAAAGAGAUGCUGAAUUUAUAAUGGAGACGGAGUUAAUUCCCAGAAAUUGUUAGUGAGAAAUGAAUCAAUAAGUUGGCGGAAAUGAUCUAAAUUUAAAGGGACAUAGAAAUUUUCGAGAAAAGAAUUAUCAAUGAAAAGUAUGGACUCAGCAACGGAAUUGGAGCAUAUUGAGAAGCUCGUGAAGGAGGCGGAGACAUUAAAAAUUCGUCUCGAGGAUGAGAGGCAGAAGUUAAACGACGUUACUCUCGCAACUGUUGCUGACAGACUUGAGGCUAUAAACUGUAUUAAUGUGAAACCUAGGAGAGUAUUAAAGGGACAUCAGGCGAAGGUACUUUGCUCUGAUUGGUCACCAGAUAAGAGACACAUUGUUUCUUCAUCGCAGGAUGGCAAAAUGAUCAUAUGGGAUGCUUUUACCACCAAUAAAGAGCAUGCAGUUACAAUGCAGACAACUUGGGUCAUAGCUUGCGCUUAUGCUCCCAGUGGAAUGCUAGUGGCUUGCGGGGGCCUGGACAACAAAGUCACGGUUUAUCCUUUGAGUCUUGAGGACGAUGUAUCGGCGAGAAAGAAAACAGUUGGAACUCAUACGUCGUAUAUGUCUUGUUGUGCAUUUCCAAAUAGCGAUCAGCAAGUGUUGACUGGAAGUGGCGAUAGUACUUGUGCUCUUUGGGACGUUGAGAGUGGACAGCUUUUGCAAAAUUUCCACGGACAUUCGGACAGCGUGAUGUCCAUUGAUUUGUCGCCCAGCGAAACGGGCAAUACAUUUGUGUCAGGAAGUUGCGACAAAAUGGUCUUCAUCUGGGAUAUGCGGAGUGGACAAUGCGUUCAGAGUUUUGAGGGACAUCAGUCCGAUGUCAAUUCGGUGCGCUUCCAUCCUAGCGGCGACGCGGUGGCAACAGGUUCGGACGACGCAACCUGUCGCCUCUUUGAUCUUCGGGCCGAUAAGGAAGUUGCAGUUUACGCAAAAGAGAGCAUUAUUUUUGGAGCAAACGCCGUUGAUCUCAGUGUUAGCGGACGUCUGUUGUUCGCUGGUUAUAAUGAUUAUACCGUGAACGUUUGGGACACAUUGAAAUGUCAACGUGUUGCUCUUCUAUACGGACACGAGAAUCGAGUCUCUUGUCUCCGUGUUUCUCCCGAUGGAACCGCAUUGUCUACCGGAAGUUGGGACACAACUCUUCGUGUCUGGGCUUAAUUUUCAAAUCACAUCAUAUUUCUAUAUCCGCCCUUUUCUCUGUGCACAAUAUUUGAUUAUUAUUUCUCAAAAUAGCACAAAAAAGAAAUGAUAUUUAAACGCAGUAUUUACAAUAAAAAAAAAGAAAAUUUUACCAAACGCGGUAUUUCAAGAAAUCAUUGAUAUUGUUACUAGUCGAUAUAUACCUAAGUAAAAGUAAUGAAUAAAAAAAAAGAAAAAUAAAAAACAUUGUAGAUGCGUAUUAGGUAAUGAAUUAACUGUUAGACUUUUCCCAUGUGUCGUUUUAGAUUUGAGGAAAUUGUGUUAGGCUGGCCCUAAAUUAUACUGGUCAGAGAAAUUAUCCCUGUUGAGAUUACAAAUGGAAAAUAAAAAUUUAGAGAACGUGA